GGGAGGCCGCGGGGUGCGGGCGCCCGGGAGUUCCCUCCUCCUCAAGUCAAGCGUCCCGGGCCGGCAGUGCCGCGGUCGCUGCCUCCCGGCGCCCCGCCAGCAGGAGCAGGCGGUGGAGAAGGGAGAGGGCCCCACGGGCGUCCACCUCGGCCGGCCGCCUUCUCCCCGCGGCGACCCGUGCGAGUGCGGCCGGACCCAGAUUUGAUAAUGGGCUGCAUUAAAAGUAAAGAAAACAAAAGUCCAGUCAUUAAAUACACAUCGGAAAAUCUCACAGAGCCUGUAAGCACAAGUGCCAGUCAUUAUGGAGUGGAACAUGCUACAGUUGCCCCGACCUCUUCCACAAAGGGAGCAUCAGUUAAUUUUAACACUCUUUCCAUGACACCCUUUGGAGGGUCCUCAGGGGUGACUCCUUUUGGAGGAGCAUCUUCCUCAUUCUCUGUGGUGUCAAGUUCAUAUCCUACAGGUUUAACAGGUGGUGUCACUAUAUUUGUGGCCUUAUAUGAUUAUGAAGCUAGAACUACAGAAGACCUUUCCUUUAAGAAGGGUGAAAGAUUUCAAAUAAUUAACAAUACGGAAGGAGACUGGUGGGAAGCAAGAUCAAUUGCUACUGGAAAGAAUGGUUAUAUCCCUAGCAAUUAUGUAGUGCCUGCAGAUUCCAUUCAGGCAGAAGAAUGGUAUUUUGGCAAAAUGGGGAGAAAAGAUGCCGAAAGAUUACUUCUGAAUCCUGGGAAUCAGCGAGGUAUUUUCUUAGUAAGAGAAAGUGAAACUACUAAAGGUGCUUAUUCCCUCUCAAUUCGUGAUUGGGAUGAAAUAAGGGGUGACAAUGUGAAACAUUACAAAAUCAGAAAACUUGACAAUGGUGGAUACUACAUCACGACCAGAGCUCAGUUUGAUACGCUGCAGAAACUGGUGAAGCAUUACACAGAACAUGCUGAUGGACUAUGCCACAAGUUAACAACUGUGUGUCCUACUGUGAAACCCCAGACUCAAGGUCUAGCAAAAGAUGCUUGGGAAAUCCCUCGAGAAUCAUUGCGACUAGAGGUGAAACUAGGUCAAGGAUGUUUUGGCGAAGUGUGGAUGGGAACAUGGAAUGGAACUACAAAAGUAGCAAUCAAAACAUUAAAGACAGGUACAAUGAUGCCAGAAGCAUUCCUUCAAGAAGCUCAGAUAAUGAAAAAGCUAAGACACGAUAAACUUGUUCCACUCUAUGCAGUUGUUUCUGAAGAGCCAAUUUAUAUUGUCACCGAGUUUAUGUCAAAAGGGAGCUUGUUAGAUUUCCUUAAAGAAGGAGAUGGAAAGUAUUUGAAGCUUCCACAGCUGGUUGAUAUGGCUGCUCAGAUUGCUGAUGGCAUGGCAUAUAUUGAAAGAAUGAACUAUAUUCACCGAGAUCUCCGAGCUGCUAAUAUUCUUGUAGGAGAAAAUCUUGUAUGCAAAAUAGCAGAUUUUGGCUUAGCAAGAUUAAUUGAAGACAAUGAAUACACAGCAAGACAAGGUAAAGUAACAUACAUAGAUGCUUAUAAUCUAAUGUCCUAUGCUUGUAUGGUAAACCGUGAAGUAUUGGAACAAGUAGAGCGGGGAUACAGAAUGCCUUGCCCCCAGGGCUGUCCCGAAUCCCUCCAUGAAUUGAUGAAUCUUUGCUGGAAGAAGGAUCCUGAUGAAAGACCAACAUUUGAAUAUAUUCAGUCCUUCUUGGAAGACUACUUCACUGCUACAGAGCCGCAGUACCAGCCAGGAGAAAAUUUAUAAUGCAAGUAGCCCAUGUGAACAGACCUGCCAAAACCUAGAGGCCGUGUGUGAGUUCUUCCUGCGCAGGAAUGAGAGGAUACUCUUCACUCUGCAUGUUUCUUAUGGUAAACUGGAAUUCCAGAUACGGUUACUCAAAACCACUUUUUUUUUUUUUCUCCAAGUGUUAAACUCUAAAGUACCAGUGAUGCAUCUUACAGUGUACUUGAGGGUCCAGAGCAAGUAGAGCUGGAUAGUGUGACUGUGGGUGUGGCACGGUAAGAACGAGCGACAGGACUGCUGCUUACUAGUCACUCACUGCCUUCUCUUCCCCAAACUUGCCAAGAGAAAGCUAUUUAUUGUUAUGUAUGAAACUUGGCUGUUACACCACAGUGAAAUUCUAAGAUCAAAGAACUUCAUGGGACCAAAGAAUUCCAUUCCAGUUUUUAAAAUUUUCUAGAAUUUUUUUCUCAAAGUUCUUUUUGUUUGUUUGUUUUGUUUUGUUUUCCCUGUUUAAUAGUCAGCAUGCACUCCUAUCAGAGGCCUUCUUUUAUGUGAAAAUGGGCCAAGUCUUCCAAGUGCAAAACAGUGGAUUAUAAACAGCAUCAAAAACUUUGGUUUAAAAAUCCAUGGAAUUUAGAAGCGUAAUACAGUAUGUUCACACUUUGUCCAGAGAACUGGAAAGCAAAACAAAUUUUUCCUAUCAGUCAUGUCUUGAAUUGUUCAGCUUUGAAUAAUGAAGGUAACCAGAAAGUGGAUUAAUCUUUUACAAGGAUGUUUUGAUUUUUUUUAAGGUUUAUAUAUAUAAUUGAAGUUAUUCUAUCCAGUCCAAGGGGAAAAUCUUUUAAUAUAUGCAUAACAUAAAAAUAAAAAACAAACCUAACAUUCAAGCAGACAAUUUUUAAAAAAUAAGUGGAGUACUAUGAGGAGUUGCUAGUAUGUUUUUAUGAUUAUGGGCUCCACAAAUAGAAAACAUCACUAGGUCAGGGACUUGAAUGCACUUUGCUUGUAUUGAGUAUAGAAUAGGAGAGAAGAAAAUGUAUUUAAAGAAAUAUGAGAGAAGCCCUGUGAAAGUUCUACAGGUAUUGGGAUGGGGUGGGGUNUCUAAUGUUGGUGUUGUGGCUUCCGGGCACUCAGAGCUCCUCAUCAGCUGUUUUCUUAGACUUUAAAAGUUAUAAAGUAUGAUUGUACAACUAAUUUUCUUAUCAU